GUGAACAGUCUGGUUGCUCGUGUCCAGGAACUAGAGGCCACCAUCGAUCGCCUGAAGUCCCUCCACCUCCCCAGCUCCGCCUCAACGGAGAUUAAGGCGGAAGCUGCAAAACCCACUGCUGCUGCUGCACCGGCGGCAGUCAAGGAGGCUGACGACGAUGAUGAUGAUGUGGACUUCUUUGCUUCCGACGAAGAAGACGAGGAACACGAGCGAUUGAAAGCAGAACGUGUGGCCGCCUACAAUGCUAGGAAAGCCAACAAAGUGAAGGAGGUCGCCAAGUCAUCCAUUGUCCUUGACAUCAAGCCCUGGGACGACACGACCAACAUGCAGGAACUUGAGGAGCUCGUGCGUGGCAUCAAAUGCGAUGGUCUACUCUGGGGUGCUUCCAAACUCGUGCCCGUGGUGAGCCUGGACUUCCUGGAAGAAUCCAUAACUGCCUUCGAAGACCACGUCCAGUCCGUCGACAUCGCCGCCUUCAACAAGAUCUGA